CGGGCCAUCCACCGACAGCAGCCCACGCGCACCGGGAGCAUCCACGGCCCUUUUAAGCUGUCCAUUGAUUAGCUGCGUGCCUGGAUCGAUUGAAUACUAAAGUCUGACUUUCAACUGAGUGCCCAAUUGACGGAUUGGCGGACCUGCAACGACCCCUGUUGGCACCCUCGCCGAAAUGCUUCAGCUAAGGCCUCGCGGGCAUAUGCCCUACAGGCAAUUGCUCACUUCUCUCUCUCACCGUGCCUUUUCUUCCAGAUCGACUUUCCAGCAGAAGUCUUCGUCGAAUCCCCCGUCAAAGUCAGGAAAGCCAUUAAAUGAAGUAUCCAGCCAUAUCACGCAGCCAAUCUCCCAGGGCGCUUCCCAGGCUAUGCUUUACGCUACCGGGCUUUCGACGGACGACAUGUCCAAGCCUCAGGUCGGGAUCUCCAGUGUCUGGUACAAUGGGAAUCCCUGCAACAUGCACCUCCUGGACCUAAGCAACAUCGUGCGGGAAGGCGUGCAAAAGGCAGGAUUGAUCGGAUAUCAAUUCAACACCAUUGGUGUCAGUGACGGAAUUAGCAUGGGAACAAAAGGAAUGAGAUACAGCUUGCAGAGCAGAGACCUAAUCGCCGAUUCGAUAGAGACCGUCAUGGGUGGUCAGUGGUACGACGCAAAUAUCAGUCUGCCGGGAUGCGAUAAAAACAUGCCGGGAGUUAUCAUGGCUAUGGGUCGUGUGAACCGGCCGAGUUUGAUGGUAUAUGGGGGAACGAUCAGACCGGGCUGUGCUGCAACACAAAACAAUGCUGAUAUCGAUAUCGUGUCCGCCUUCCAGGCAUACGGCCAAUUUUUGACCGGGGAGAUCUCCGAGGAGCAGCGAUUUGAUAUUAUCCGCCAUGCCUGCCCUGGUGGUGGUGCAUGUGGUGGAAUGUACACCGCAAACACCAUGGCUUCGGCUAUCGAGGUCAUGGGAAUGACCCUUCCAGGCUCUUCCUCCAACCCAGCAGAAUCUAAGGCAAAGAAGGCCGAAUGUCUGGCUGCCGGCGAAGCCAUCAAGAACCUUCUCAUCGAGGAUAUUCGACCAUCCGACAUCCUCACCAGGACCGCAUUUGAAAACGCCAUGAUCUUGGUGAACAUCACUGGAGGCUCCACCAACGCGGUCCUCCACCUCAUUGCCAUGGCCGACUCCGUCGGCAUCAAACUCACCAUUGAUGACUUCCAGGCCGUCAGCGAUCGCACCCCGUUCCUCGCAGACCUUAAGCCAUCCGGAAAGUACGUCAUGGCUGAUCUGCACAAUAUUGGCGGCACCCCAUCCCUGAUUAAAUUCCUACUGAAGGAGGGUGUCCUCGACGGUUCGGGAAUGACUGUUACCGGUCAGACCUUGGCCAAGAACGUAGAGAAUGUCCCUGACUUCCCAUCUGACCAAAAGAUCAUCCGACCUUUCAGCAACCCAAUCAAGAAGACCGGCCAUCUUCAAAUCCUCCGUGGCAGCCUCGCUCCUGAGGGAAGUGUAGGCAAGAUCACAGGCAAAGAAGGAACAAGUUUCACAGGCAAAGCUAGAGUGUAUGACGAUGAAGAUGAUUUUAUUGCCUCUUUGGAACGAAACGAAAUUAAAAAGGAAGAGAAAACUGUCGUUGUUAUCCGAUAUACUGGACCGAAGGGAGGACCAGGAAUGCCAGAGAUGCUUAAGCCUUCUUCUGCCCUGAUGGGCGCCGGAUUGGGCUCUUCUGUUGCCCUCAUCACGGACGGGCGUUUCAGUGGUGGUUCUCAUGGCUUCUUGAUCGGACACAUCGUCCCUGAAGCCGCGGUUGGCGGACCAAUCGCCCUCGUUGAAGACGGCGACAUCAUCACCAUCGACGCCGAGAAGCGAGUUCUCGAUCUUGAAGUCGGUGAAGACGUUCUCGCGCAGAGAAGGAAGAAGUGGCAGGAGAAACAGGAGGCAGGCCUCGGUCGUCCAACUGGAUUGACGAUGAGGGGAACUCUGGGUAAAUAUGCCAGAGCUGUGACGGAUGCUAGUCAUGGAUGUAUCACCGACGGUGUAUGAUUGUAUGCAUUUGGAUGUACCAAGGAUUCUGGGAAUUAAAAUUAGCGAUUUUGAAUACAAAAAAACUUUGAAAAUAUUCAUUGACUUGAUUAUUUUUCCGUGGUGAUGUACUUGUCAAGAUCGUAUUGCUUCAAUGUCCGUGAGCUAUCAUAGGAGGUACAAACGAAGACUGAACCUCUGUAGAUAUAUACAUGUCCUGUACUCCGCAACCGCAGGUGAUUGACUAUUCGCAAAUUCCGAUGGACGCUGGGACGCCCUUUAAGGAUUCGCGUUCAUGAGUACAGCAUAAAGACGAAAAGGGGAAAAAACAAAGGGGUGGGUUUCAAAAUAUUAGGGUAGAGAUGUGUGCAGUCUGGAGAAAUAGAAUGUGGGUUGUUACAUUCGAAGCCGGGUUUGGAAAAAGGUAACUGAGAUCGAAUGGGCUUCCAGGAUCGCAGGACAGAUUUUAAUUGAAAGGAAGCAGAAAGGAAGUUUGUUUGGACAAGCCCAGAUCUUUUCCCGAAGAACCCUGUGGAGUUUGUUUCAUCUGGUUUCAUAGCGGGGAUGAGAUGCUAAGACGCUUCGUGUAAUUUCGCCCAGGCCGCCUCGGUUGCUAAACUCUCCACUCGUUUCUGGUACAGCGCCAUGGAAUGCAUACUGACAUCGCCAAAUACAACUCUGGCCAGCUCUUCGUUUCGCGUUAAAUACGCUCGGGCACACUGUUUCCCCUCUUUUCCUUCAUUGCCUCGUAGGAUUAUCAACCCUCCUGGCAAUGUCAGCUUCGGCGCCGGUCUGGACCAUACCGCUGACGUUGCCUUGCGCUUAUCGAAUUUCUUCCGAUCCCUCGAGAUCAGGAAGGCAAAUUUACGGGAGAGGAAGCCCGCUGGUUGAACGGGAGGAGGAGGAGUGUUGUAUAAGUCGAUGAGAGAACGGACGUAUGGCCGUUCGGCGAGGGUUACGGGAUCGCC